AAGAAAAUAUUGAAGCUUUUAGGGGCCCUCGCACACUCGAUGUUGUAGUUGGUGGUGGGGUUCAAGGUGAAGGACAUAGUAAAGGUUUAAGGUAUGAGGAUGCUAUGAUUAAAAAUGUUUACUACAAAAGAAUGUUAGCAAGCAUGCCUAGGCAUUUAAAGUCUUUGGUAGGUGAUGAUAGUAUUAGGGAUAUUAUGAGGAUUGUCAAAAAAGAGGUGAUAUGUGAGUUUUAUGUGCACCAUGAGAUUAAUUUUGCUAAAAUUGCUCCUCUAGCAAUAGAUGAAGAACCAAAUCCUAUUGAUGGUAGUGACAAAGAUGAUGAUGAAGCCAUUGGUGUGAAGGGUGCUACAAGGUCUCUAAGGAGACCAACAAAAGGAUUAGAAGUUCCUCCAAGUUUUCCAACACCAAAAACUGGGGUUAGGAACAAAACUGUUGCAAAGAAACCUACUCUUAGAUAUACUCUUAGAUCUACUUCCACAAAGAAAGCAAUAGAUCCAACCUUAACCUCUACAAGGCAAAAGGGUUCCACAGAUCCUAUUGAGAAGUCUAGAAGGAGAAAGGAAAAGGCAAAGCUUGUAGAGAAGAGGUAUAAAACAUUGCCACAAAGUAGGGAGUCUUAUAAAGAGAAAGACUUAACCCUUAAAAAAGUGAAAAAAGGAGAUCCAGUACAUCCAUCCCAAUCAGUUCCAGUUGAUAAUGAUGAUGAGGGCAUAUACAGUGAUAAUGAUGAGAGAGAUAGUGAAUAUGCUUCAAGUGAUGAUGCUAGCAAGUUGAGGGACUCAUCAAUAGAUUCUGAAGAUGAUAUUUUUUCUACUCCUAAAGUAGCAGAUAGACAAAGAAAAGCUACAAAUGUCUACUUCAAUCCUGCUCGAGAGGUUGGUUUGUGCAAUUGGGAGAUUUAUGCUUCAUUUGAGAAGAGGGACAACAGUUUCAAGGUAAAGACUUACUACCCUAAACACACUUGCUUUAGAAAUCCUAACAACAAGAUGAUGACUUAUGAGAUGGUGGCUAAGUACUUCAAAAGUAGAAUUUAUGCCAUUCCUUUCAUUAAAUGUAAAGACAUGAUGCUAUUUGCUUAUAAUGAGCUUAGGGGAAUAUGCAAGGGUAUACUGUUAUCUACUGUUGGUAGAGAUGGAAAUAAUCAGAUGAACCCAAUUGCAUGGGUUGUCGUUAAGUCAGAAAACAAUGAUUCUUGGAAAUGGUUCAUGGAAAAGCUUACACAUGAUUUAGAGUUGAGCGAUGGACAAGGUUAUACCAUGAUUUCUGAUAGACAUCCAGGCAUUAUUAAUGCAAAGGCAGAGGUAUUAGCAUUGAUAGUGCAUAAAUGUUGUGCAAGGCACCUUUACUGUAAUCUUGCAAGGCGAAAUAAAGGUGAUGAUAUCAAGCUUGCAUUUUGGUUGGCAGGUAAGGCAACCAAUGAGUUCAACUAUUUGGACAAAAUGGAUGCUUUGAGGGCAUUGUCUAAGGAGGCUUAUGCUAAAUUGCUUGGUAACUUCUAGUGUAAGGCCUUUUUUUAUGAGCAUUGUAAGUCUGAUGUGGUUGAUAAUAAUAUAUGUGAGAUUUUUAAUUCAUGGAUUUUGGGUGCAAGAUGCAAGGCUAUUAUUUCAAUGUUUAGGACUUUAAUUGACUGGCUCAUGGAGAGAUUCAAAGACAAAAAGUUGUUUGUUGAUACAUGGGCAACUAAUAUUGCACCUAUAGUUCUAAAGAAGAUGAGUGAUAAUAAUAACCUGUCAAUUCA